GCCUCUUCCAAGGUAGCAGCUCCCCGAAGGGCCCUUGGGCCGCCCGCCGAGGGGGCUCCCGGGAUCCUGUGUUGGUGGCGGAGGAGAGGGUCCUGCUUCUAGGCGAUACCACCCAAGGAACUGACCAGCUGGGUGGCACUGGCCCUGCCUCUCUCCACUGCCAACCCCCUCCCCCCACAGCCGAGCUGGCAGCCUUCGAGAGCCUGGGCCCAGAGUCCCCUCUCUCUGCAGGGCCAACAGGCCCUGCUGGCCUGCUGGGAAUGAGGACAAAGCAGCCCAUCCCGGUCCCAGGGCGGAAUGUCCUGCAUGGCUCCCUGGAAAAUCUCGCUAAAGCCACGGUUCUGCAGAUGCCAAGUCUGGAGCGCAGGCUGUUCCGCCGCCCACUGGGGAAAGGAGCGAAGGACACGGACAAGUGGCAGAGGGAGUCUAAAUACAUGCAAACCCAGCCUCUCUACCAAGACUACUGGGUGAAGCGCCUCAAGGCAGCAGAGCGCAAGCCCAAGGAGCUGUCCUUCCGGGUGGAUGCCAGCCUGUCCAUCGCUGGCCUUCUCUCAUCCUCCCUGCUUGACGCUGCCUCGCAGGGCUCUCCCCGUGACUACAGCUUCUGCUUCUGGCAAGAGAUCCCGGAGGUGAAGAGCCAGCGACUUCUGGAGGGUCUCACGCCCCAGCAGCACCACCUGCAGGAGGCCCUGUUUGAGGUGAUCACCUCGGAGGCCUCCUACCUGCGCAGUCUCUCAGUGGCCACAAGCCACUUCAAGGGUUCGCUGGUCCUGCAGGAGACACUGACCAGGGCUGAGGUGCACCGGCUCUUCUCCAAUCUGCAGCAAGUGAGGGAUGUCAGUGAAAGGUUUCUCCUGGAGCUGGAGGAGCAGAUGGACAAGGACGUCUUCCUGGCAGGGCUGGGGACAGUGGCUCUGAAACACUGCCCCGCUUUCCACCGAGUCUACGUCCCCUACGUCACCAACCAGAUGUACCAGGCGCAGCUCAUGCAGCAACUGAUGCGGGAGAAUUGGCGCUUCCGGCAGGUCCUGAGGAAGUUGGAGGAGCAGCCGGUGUGCCAACGGCAGCCCCUGAAAUCCUUCCUGGUGCUGCCCUUCCAGAGGAUCACCCGCCUGAAGAUCCUGCUGGAGAACAUCCUGAAGCUGGCCCUAGUGGGCUCCGAGCUGGCCGGUUCCAUCAGUGCAGCCCUGAGGGCAGUGGGAGAGAUUGUGUCCGAGUGCAAUGAGAACGUGCGGCGCAUGAAGCAGACAGAGGAGCUGGUGCUGCUAGAGAAGCAAGUCGAGUUCGUGAAGACGAAGUCCAUCCCGCUCAUCAGUCGGGGCCGCUGGCUCGUCAGGGCAGGGAAUUUCUCCCAGAUCCUCAUCCAAGAGGUGGGUGUGGGGUCCAGACCCCGCCUGAGCACCAAGCCCAUCCACCUGCACCUCUUCAGCGACCUGCUGCUGUUGUCCCGCCGGAGGGACGAUGGCAGGUUUUCAGUCAAGGAUUAUGCCCAGACCAGCCACGUGAGAGCAGAGCCGCUCAAAGCCGAGCCACUGGGGCUCCCUAACACAGCCUUCCUCCUGUGUCUCUCCUGCAACCACCGCGGGGCCACUGCGGAGUUCCUCCUCAAAGCAGACAGCACGGCCCAGAGACAGGAGUGGAUCUCGCUGAUAACCAGCCAGGUGCCCCCUCAGCCCGUGGGCCUGACCAGAACCCGGAGAGAUGCCCACAACGGUGUCUCGACUCACUAGGCCAGGCCAGCCAGACUCCAGCAUGCCCGGAGUUUCUCCUUUCUGCCCCUGGCUGCUCUCCCAAGCUGCCCUCCCAUCUGCUGCACCAGGGCGUCGGCAGGCCCACGCCCAUUUGGAGCCCUGUCCAGGGACCAGCUGCUGGGCACAGGCCUGGGAGCUCUGCUGCACGGGCUCAGAGGGUGAGACGGGCAAUGCAUGGUGUGCCAAGCUGCUCUCGAUGAAAGCUGCACGUGUGCAGGAGCAAGGCAGGGCUGGCAUGGGAUAUUCUGGGGGAUCUCCCAAUGGUUCCAUGAUGGGUAGAGAUUCCCAGGUGAGCCUGUAGCAUGCUCUGGGGCUGCCCUCUUGCCAAGCAAUGUUUGCAUUUUGUAGCCCUACACAAAAGAGCCUCCGCUCUGAGCCAAAAGGCUGGCUCUGGCCGAGCUGUGGGGAGCCAGGGGUAACACUAGAUGGAUUCAAAAUGUGUGCGCCUGGCGGAUCAGGUUCCUGGCUUCUCUCUGAAAUUUUGGGUGCUUGUGAUUCGCAUCUCGGUGCUCUCACUGGAACAGCAGCUGGAAGAAGCUAAAAGCUCCCCCCAUCUCCCAGCAAAGGGAUGAGGUCUGCUCUCUGGGGCAGGGGUGUCCCCUGUGUAUGCCUCAUACAGAGGACAUGACCCUGCCCUUUGUGGGGGCGUGUGGGUCUCAAUGGCUGUAGCUGCCUGGCCUGGCUUUGCUCACUGAUGGCCUUUCAUGCUGGUUUGGCUUUGCAAAUGGUGCAGGUAGGUCCCCCCAGUUUGGGCUCCUUUAGCAUUUCAGGGGGCGUGGGAGGUGAUCAUCAGGGACAUGGGCUGGCUUGGACCAAGCCACAGGUCUGGCACCAUGUGUCUGAGGGCAGUGACUCCAUUAGCCUGUCAUGGGCUUUAAUGAGGCAGGUGGCAAAGGGGAUUGGGCCUGCCUCCGUGCAGUUGGCAUAGGCCCCAAAGAUGGCUGUGCACAUAGUCCUGGGCAUGUGUUCCCAGCCUAGCUGGAGCUAGGGCAGGAUGGCUAUGGGCUGAGUGAGCCCAGAGGGGUGGGCUCUGGAUCCCUUCCGGUAUGCUCCCAUCAGAAGCACUGGCCCAUGGGUCCAGCUGUUAGCACGUCAGGGUGGUUCAUGGUGGGGGUGGGUUUCAUGACCUGUGGUUCUAAAUGGGGCUCCGGGAGGAGUAGCUGAGGGUCCAGCCACCUGUCUGACAGGGAGCUGGCUUUCAGAAGUGACCCCUCCGAGUGGGAAGGGAGAGGGGCUAGCUUCUCCCCACCCCCUGGGCAAGUAGCUGAUUGGGGGGGGGGGUUGUUGGCCCAUUGCAGUUCAGCCUGGGUUGGGGCUGCUGCAAUGGGCUGGAGGUGGGCAGGGAAGACUGAAGGAGGCUGGGGUGCUGCAACUAGGUGUGUCCAGCAUCUGUACCCCCCCCCCCUCCCCCCAACAACCUCACAAAGCCCAGCCAAGCCAAGCACUUGAUCUGGGGACGCUGGCAGAAGUCAGAGCUCGUUUUAGGACGUGUCAGCUGGGCCAGGUCUCAGCCCUCUCCUUACUCUAGCAGUGCUCUGGGGACGGGGCCCCUCCUGGGAGCGGGACGCAAGGUAACCAGCUGACACGGUGAGGGCGCAGCGGGGUGCUCUCUGAGGGUCUCACUUGUCUGUCUCCUGUUGUUUUGAAAUAAAACUUGACCUUGUUUUAAGGCCCCGCCCUUCCCCUGUGUCUGUGGCAGCGGCAGGGUGGGACGGGUCCCACAACCUCCCGGCCAUGCCUGGCGUUUCCAAGAUGGCCUCUAGAAAAGCUGGGAAAAUAAGGCCCUAAGGAGCCAGCUUGGGCCAGGGCUGUGCUCUGAACCUGCUGAAUCCUCCCUGCUCCUCCCGC